UGCAGUAUUGAAAGAGAUUUCGGAUCAAGGCCUAGCUGACACUGUUUUGUAUUUGAGAUACUGGAGAAUUAAAGAGCAAAGGUGGUGUGUGUUAUUCUAGGAUAAAGAGUAAUCAAGGUCACUUAGAACCGGGCUGUGGAAGUAUAAAUACAAGUUUUCGUUAUUGUAAUCUAAAAAGAAUAACAACAACUCACUUUUUUGAGUUGGUUUGUUAAAAUGAAAUGGAGGCGCCAAGCCUAUGGACGGAGAAAUAACGCUAGAACAUAUCAAGGGGCUGUGACACUAUUUGGGAAAGGGGAGGACUGUGGUAGCAAGAAACGCUGAGGAUCAUCAAAGAGAAGGGAGGCAACGUUAUACCAUCUGGGCUUCGUUGGUUAGCCGAAUACUGGCAAAUUAAUUUGGGUGUAUGAAAAUCCGAAUUUGGGAAAACGAAUAAAAGAAAAUCUGUCGCCGGUUUGCAAACUCCAAACAAGUUUUUUUUUUUUUUUUUUUUUUAAACUUCUAAAGUUGCUUAACAGCAGUAAAACGACGGGGUAACAGGACUACUGAAGAGUCAAUGGUCUGUUUUACUGUGUGGACUUAGAAUACAAAUUGGUGACUCUUUCUACAUUUAACCAACAACGAUGGACGAGUGUUACAACAACAUGGAAUACUUUUACAAGCAAGUCUUGCAAAAGGACGUGACCCGGCGGCUCCAGGUUGGCCAAGAGCUAAUCGACUACCUCAACGACCCGCAAAGGUCUUCUGAUGUGGAGCAGGACCGACCACAACUGGAUGCAACCAUAGAUGAGUUAGCGGGCUGGGUAAACUCCAGCAAUUUUAAGGUGACGUUGCUGGGGAUAGAUCUUGUAAAUGCAUUUGUAGACCGGCUAUCAGAUCGCUUUAAAGGCUACGUAGGAACUGUUCUUCCAGCACUGAUUGACAGACUGGGCGAUGCCAAAGACCAGGUUCGAGAGCAGUCACAAAAUCUCAUUCUCAAGUUGAUGGACCAGGCUGCUCCACCAAUGUAUGUCUGGGAUCGUUUAUGUACUGGCUUUAAACACAAGAACUUUCGGUGUCGAGAAGGAGUGUGCCUUUGUCUCAUUGCAUCCAUAAAUACGUACGGAGCUAAACCCUUAACUUUAAACAAGCUAAUGCCAUUUCUGUGCACCUUGUUGGGAGAUUCAAACAAUCAAGUUAGAGAGACAGCAAUAAUGGCAGUAUUGGACAUUUACCGACACGUAGGGGAGAAAGUAAGAAUCGAUCUGAGCAAGAGGGGACUUCCAGCUGCAAGGUUACAGUCUAUAUUUAAUAAGUUUGAUGAGGCACGCAACUCUGGGAAUAUGGUUUUAAGCUGCGAACUGGAUAAAAGCUUUGAAGAUGAUGAGUCUGUGGAUGGGAACAGGCCCUCAUCAGCCCAGCCUGCGUUCAAGGUCCCUGCACCCAAGAAGCCUGGCAAUCCUAGCAGCAGCUCCAGGAAACCAGGCACAGCAACCGGGAAGUUAGGAGGUCUGUCAAAGGAGGGAACUGGGGGAAUUGAUGAAGACGACUUUAUCAAGGCCUUCACUGACGUCCCCACAGUUCAGAUUUAUUCCACCAGAGACCUUGAGGACAAUCUUAACAAAAUCAGGGAAAUCCUUUCAGAUGACAAGCAUGACUGGGAUCAGAGAGCCACUGCGCUCAGGAAGUUCCGUUCGUUGUUGAUUGCCGGGGCUGCAGACUAUGACUGUUUUUACCAGCAUCUGCGAUUGUUAGAUGGAGCGUUUAAACUGUCAGCUAAGGACCUGCGCUCCCAGGUGGUUAGGGAAGCCUGCAUCACUGUCGCGUAUCUUUCCUGUGUGCUGGGAAACAAAUAUGACCAUGGGGCAGAAGCCAUUGUGCCUGUUUUGUUUAAUCUGAUUCCCAACUGUGCCAAGGUUAUGGCAACGUCUGGUGUGUCAGCAAUCCGAUUCAUCAUACGGCAUACCCAUGUUCCAAGGUUGAUUCCUCUAAUAACCAGUAACUGUACGUCUAAAUCGGUUGCAGUCAGAAGGCGAGGCUAUGAUUUCCUUGAAUUGUUACUACAGGAGUGGCAUACACAUUCCUUAGAAAGACAUGUCGCUGUUCUGGUGGAAAGCAUUAAGAAAGGGAUCUGUGAUGCUGAUGCCGAGGCCAGAGUGGAAGCAAGAAAGGCUUACUGGGGUUUGCGGAAUCACUUCCCAGCAGAGACAGAGGCCCUGUAUAACUCACUGGAGCCGUCCUACCAGAGGACCCUGCAGUCCUGCCUAAAGAGCUCUGGCAGCGUGGCCUCGCUCCCCCAGUCCGACCGCUCCUCCUCCAGCUCGCAGGAGAGCCUCAACCGGCCUUUGUCCAAAUGGUCAGUAUCGGGAGCUUCUGUUGCACCAGGAAGAGUAUCUACAAGUAAGAAGGCAGCCCCGAGCCCAGGAUCCCUGCAGCGUUCAAGGAGUGACAUCGAUGUCAACGCGGUGGCCGGUGCCAAAUCUCGACAGGCAGGUGGAGCAGGCCGCUUGACGGCUGCGGGCCUUCCACCAGGCUCCUAUGCCUCCUUAGAUGAUGCAUCUGAAAAAACUGAUGGUCGGGUUCGCACAAAGCUGUCGGCAGCCUCUGGUGGGAUUGGAAGCAGUCAGGUAGACUCUCGGGGACGCAGCCGGACAAAAGUGGUUUCUCAGUCUCAACGUUCAGAAUUUCCAGAAAGUAACCCAGGAUCACAGUCAGCUAACCCCAUUGGUGCUGGCAGUCGCUCAGGCUCCCCUGGCAGAGUUCUGACAAGCACUGCACUCAGUACCAUGAGCAGCGGAGUCCAGAGAGUGCUGUUCAGUGCGGGCUCCGCACAGAAUCGCAGCAAAAUACCUCGCAGUCAGGGCUGCAGCAGAGACUCCAGCCCAACACGUCUGUCCGUAGCACCGUCAAGCCAUCAGCCAAUCUACAAUGGCGGAAGUAGAGGAGCGCGAGGCAGCCGCAUUCCUCGUCCUAGUAUGAGUCAGGGCUGUAGCCGGGAGGCCAGCCGAGAAAGCAGCAGGGACACAAGCCCUGUCCGCUCUUUCCAGCCCCUUGUUUCCAGACAUCACUCCAGGUCCACAGGUGCCCUCUACACGUCUGAUGUUUUGGGGGCUGCAGGUUCUGGGCAUGGAAUCAGUCAGUCAAAUAGACUGUCCUCCUCAGUGAGUGCCAUGAGGGUUCUCAACACAGGCUCUGAUGUAGAGGAGGCACUAGCAGAUGCAUUGCUGUUAGGAGACAUAAGGAGCAAGAAGAAGCCUGCAAGGAGGAGGUAUGAAUCCUAUGGAAUGUACUCGGAUGACGAUGCCAACAGCGACGCUUCCAGUGCCUGCUCAGAGCGUUCUUACAGCUCCCGCAACGGCAGCAUCCCCACCUACAUGCGGCAGACCGAGGAUGUGGCAGAGGUCCUGAACCGCUGUGCUAGCUCCAACUGGUCUGAGAGAAAGGAGGGACUCCUGGGACUGCAGAACCUGCUGAAGAACCAGAGAACGCUGAGCCGUGUAGAAUUGAAAAGGCUGUGUGAAAUCUUCACGAGAAUGUUUGCAGACCCACACAGCAAGAGAGUAUUCAGUAUGUUCCUGGAAACACUGGUCGACUUUAUUCACGUCCACAAAGAAGACCUGCAGGACUGGCUGUUUGUAUUGCUAACACAGCUCCUGAAGAAAAUGGGUGCAGAUUUGCUUGGCUCUGUGCAGGCUAAGGUCCAGAAAGCACUAGAUAUUACAAGGGAGUCAUUUCCAAAUGAUCUCCAGUUUAACAUUUUGAUGCGAUUCACAGUGGAUCAGACUCAGACACCUAACUUGAAGGUGAAAGUUGCGAUACUGAAGUACAUCGAGACUCUGGCUAUGCAGAUGGAUCCCGGGGACUUCGUUAACUCAAGUGAAACCCGACUGGCCGUCUCGCGAAUCAUCACCUGGACUACUGAGCCCAAGAGCUCCGACGUCAGGAAGUGUUCAGGCAGCGUUACCAUGGACGUCGCAGAACCCCAAAAAACAAAUAUUGAGGACGGCGGGGGGGCAACAGCAUAUAAAGCGGCGCAGGUUGUGUUGAUUUCUUUGUUCCAACUCAACACCCCAGAAUUCACUAUGCUGCUGGGGGCUUUACCAAAAACUUUCCAGGAUGGCGCAACCAAACUUCUUCAGAACCAUCUUCGGAACAGUGGAAACACUGCCCAGGCACCCACAGGUAGCCCGCUGACUCGCCCUACACCACGCUCCCCAGCCAACUGGUCCAGUCCCCUCACCUCUCCGACAAACACGUCUCGCAACACUUUGUCGCCAAGUGCAUUUGACUAUGAUACAGAAAACAUGAACUCGGAAGACAUCUACAGCUCUCUCCGUGGAGUGACAGAAGCCAUUCAGAAUUUCAGCUUCCGCAGUCAGGAAGACAUGAAUGAGCCGGUCAAAAGGGACCUGAAAAAAGAUGGCGACGGAGAAGCUGGUGGCAUGGGAAGUGCCCUUCCUGACCUGCGAGGUGGUGGUGAUGCACCAGACACAGGCCGUACAGCCCUGGAUAACAAGACUUCACUCCUGAACACCAUGCCUCUACUCCACUCCAGCCCACGCUCCCGGGAUUACAGCCCCUUCAGCUACUCGGACUCUUUCAACAAGUCCAACCUCAAGGAGGCCAUGUUUGACGAUGAUGCAGAACAGUUUCCUGAAGACAGUAAUCUGGACCAGUCAGAGCUGGUGGCAGAGCUGCUGAAAGAGCUGUCCAAUCACAACGAGCGCGUGGAGGAGCGGAAGGCAGUCCUGUGUGAACUCAUGACGCUCAUCCGGGGCAACCUGCUUGUGGUGUGGGACGAACACUUCAAAACCAUCCUCCUGCUGCUGCUGGAGACACUCGGGGACAGAGAGCACACUAUCAGAGCCUUGGCUUUGCGAGUGUUGAAGGAAAUCCUCAACAGACAGCCAGCGAGAUUCAAGAACUACGCAGAGCUGACCAUCAUGAAGACUCUAGAGGCGCAUAAAGAUCCACACAAGGAGGUGGUGCGAGCUGCAGAAGAAGCUGCUUCAAUGCUGGCGACAUCGAUCAGUCCAGAUCAGUGUAUAAAAGUGCUCUGCCCCAUCAUCCAGACAGCAGACUACCCCAUAAAUCUGGCUGCUAUCAAGAUGCAAACGAAAGUCAUUGACAGAGUCUCAAGAGAGACCUUAAACCAGCUCCUGCCAGAGAUCGUCCCAGGACUAGUGCAGGGCUACGACAAUUCAGAGAGCAGUGUUCGCAAAGCAUGUGUGUUCUGUCUGGUUGCCAUCCAUGCAGUCAUUGGCGAAGAGCUUAAACCCCACCUAAACCAGCUCACCGGCAGCAAGUUGAAAUUGUUGAACCUGUACAUUAAGAGAGCACAGUCAGGGAGUGGUGGCAGCGACCCGACGUCUGACAUCCAGAGCUAGUGAAGACCAACACCGGCAACUGGAUCAGAGAGGGGAGGCGAGAGACGGGGCCACAUAACAGAGAGAAAUCACUUAAAGCACAUUCUCGCCCAUCAGAGUUAUUGUUUUCAGUUACAUUACUGGAUGGUUUUCCCUCGAGCCUGCAUGUUAACUGUUGCACUUAAAGUUAUUUUGAAAUGUAGGGGGUUACAGUAUUAGUUUCAAAUGAUAAAGGUAAAAGGAGAUAAAAAGUAAAUAAAAACUAAAAUAAGAAUUGAAAGAAAAAUAAUUAAAUCCUGUUCAUUUUUUUUUUCCCCCAUGUGGGUCUUCCCUUUUACCAGUGUUACAAUUUUCUAAAUAAAAUAAAAGAAUGCUUCAAGCUUUUUAAAUUGUUUUGCUUUUAUCCAGUUGCAUGUGAAGUAAUCUGUUUUUAAAGUGGUUCAUUUGAAAAGUAAAGAAGGAACAAAACACUUUAGUACAAAAGUUAUAAUUUCUGUAGCAACUGCUAGAACCAGGCUUCACUGGAAUUGGAGCAUCCUGUGGUAAUGGCACAUGCUUUUUAGGAGGGAGGGAGUAGAAAUUCUUGAUUGGCGACACAAUCAGCCAAUUCACUUUUAUUCCCAAAAGUGAGUGUUGAUCAAAAGUUUAGGGGUGCAGGUACUAGCUCAUCAUUGGAUUAGUAGUUAAAUCUGUUUUAGGAGUUACUGCUUUACUGAAGUGGAUGGAAGCCAUACCUGUGAGUAUAGUUCACCCAAGCAAGAAGCAUUGGAGUGGAAUCCUUUGCACCGACCCCCAGUAUGUUCUGCAUAUACUUUGUUGAAACUCCUUUUUUAUAGAACAUUAUUGUCAGUGCUUUAUCAAUAGCUUUAUGCAUUUUGGUGGAAGUAAGCUCCUAUUUUGCUGGAAAUAGGGACAUAUUUUUAUCAUUAGUUAUUUUUAAUGGGUUAUUGGUGUCAUAGCUACGUUUCCACUAACCACUCGCUGCCUCGCCACAAGUGAAAUGUUUUCAUGUGUGGCUCAAUUAAUUUUCACCAAGUUUGCCACGGUGGCGAAGGCUUUGAAAAAUGUACAUGUGUAAGACUGUGCCAGCAUGCUUACUUUGAACGUGUGCUGGUAGAUGAAUCAAUACAGACUGUUUCAUUUCAUUUCGCCCAAUGAAAGCCGUUUAGCUUGAUUUACAUAAGCACCAACGUUGUGUUUGGCAGGACAGAGGUUCUGAUUAGAAACAAAAAUAUGACUGAUAGUCACAGUCGCUGUUUGCUAUCUCUUUAAAAUAUGCUGAAAUAUAGUUUAGAGGUAACAGCAGACUGGUUCCAAGAAGAUUCAGAAGAGGAACUAUUAAAAGAAUAAACAUGUGUAUAAUUUUAAAAAGGAUUCAUCUCACUAUGAUUUAUUGAGUUUUGUUGGAAUCUGUGCAAUAUUACUGUCAGUAGUCCCAGGUAAAAAAAAACAAACAAAAAAAACACAUUUUUUAAACAGUCGUGGUUGUACAAUCCUACUUCAUGUUGGUCUGGGAGGCAUUUAUGUUAACAUACUUAGCUCUAUCUUCUGGCAGUUUCGCUUUACCGUUCUGCAGUGGAAAGAAAGCUGCGACACCGUCAAAAUAAUGUAAACAUGAAACACGUGCAUAUCUGCAAAGAUUUCAGGAAAUCUGCAGGCACGUUUUUUCAUGUGGGUCUGAAUUUGGCAUUGAUUUAAAUGGGAAUCAGAGUUAUAGUGCACUUUUAAAUAGAUUGCUUAUGUGUAAGUAAAGGGUAGGGUCUGGCAUUUUAAAUAUCUAUGUUUUCAAAUAAAAUAUUUUUUUUUGUCUUGCUGAAACAGUAUGAUAACCAGUUUAUACAAAGUGUUUACUUAACAGUAGUAAAGAAAUAUCCACAAAAAUAAUGUAGUACAAUUUUAUUUUAGCCUUGUGAAGUUGUAAAAGGCAGAGGGUACAUAUUAUGAAAUCUACCAGUGACAGUGUGUUGCUUGUAUGUUAUUCAGGCUUGCAUUGGGAUCUGAAAAGCUCACCUACUUGUAUAUUUGUGUUUAGGGAAACCCGUGGUGUUUAGGGGAGAGGGUUGUUGGACAGUUGUAGUCAGUAUGUUUAUUGUAUUGUGUACAGUAAAACAAUUUUACAGUUUUCUUUAAUAUUCUUUGGUGUGGCUUAAGUUUUAUCCAUUGUGGCUGAAAAUGAAGUUACUUUAGCCACAGUGGCUAACUAAAUAAAAGUCUAAAGGGGAAUGUAGCAUACUAUGGCAGUACUUAAAAAUUUCACAUCGUCACAGAGCCAGCCAAAGAAUUGGAGGAAAUGAGAGUGGUGAGUAGGGGGAGUCCAGUGGUGGUCUGAUAAUGAUAUGUUCUCUUAUUCCUAGUUGUUGCUUGUUUGAUUCUAAUAGCUCUUCUAAAUAGUUACUUGAUCUUUUGGUUUAACUAGUGUUCUGUUUGAAUCCUUGUGUUCUAUAACAGCAGACUUCUAAACGUUUACCCAUCUUGCUUCUACGCUUUUAAAAAACACUUUUCUCUUUGUUAAAGUUUGUUAACAGUGAGCUGAGAUGCUACUUUUACGCUUAAUGUCAUUUCCGUUAUAGGGGGGUGAUUCUGAUGGUGUAUAGGUGGAGCCGGAAAUUGGCAAUAUAUUCUUUUUUUGUAAAAAAAAAAAAAAAAAAAAAAAAAAAAAAAAAAAAAAAAGCAGUUGAGUUCAGCUGGGAAAAGGAGUGUUGAUAUGGUUGUUUUGCUCUUGUUGCAAAAGUAGUCUCCUUUUUUCUUUCAUGAGAAAUUUGUAGAAAUGUAUUUAAAGACCUGAAAAGGAAAAUUGUCAUUUGUCACUCUUUUGUUUUAUAUAGCAGCUGCCUCAUAAAGCUGUGUUAAGUUUUUUGCAAUUUUUUUGUGAGUGUAACAUUCUAGUUGUUUCCCACUGUUCUAUUACUUUUGUGUAUUUAUAGAUCUGUGCUUAGUUGUGCAUAUACCUCCAAUAAAACUGUACAUAACAUUACCUGAAGAAUUAAA